UCCACAGGCAGGCUGCAUCCACCUCGGCCGGGGUGUCGUCAUUGGCUGCCUAUUAGAAAAACUACAGGACAAUGCAUACCACCGACUGCCGACUGUAAACAUAGGGGAUAUGUGUUCACUUAGCAUGGACUUCUGGGAGGGGCUAAGGAAGGGCGGUCUGGAGUUUUAUUGAAUAGAGCAGUGUGUAUUAGGCUGCCUGCCUGCCUGCCCUCUUGCUGUGCUCCUGCUAGAGAAAUCAGUCCUUCCUUUCCGACUUAGUCCCCAGGAAGAAGUUGCAGCCUGCGAGAAGUUUGGGGAUAAUUUUCUUGAGAAUGCCUCUCUCCUCCUAGAAGUGAUAUAUGAGAACAGAGUUCCCUGUGAAUUUUCCUGGAACAGUUCUGAGUGUCCUUAAAACAUUUGGAGAUCCUUCAACCAAAUUCUGCAGGGAUUGGUGAUCAACCGGAAGGCUCAGAAGUAGACAGUUGAUCGUUUACCUGUCCAGAUUCUCCGGUCUCCCUAGACCUGAAGCCACACCAUGGAUGAUUUUGAACGUCGCAGAGAACUCAGGAGGCAAAAGCGGGAAGAGAUGCGGCUUGAAGCAGAAAGGGACAGACCAAAGUGUUAACACAAAGGGAGAACACCGGAGCAUCCUGCACACUGCAUUUCAGCCACAGAAAACAUGGCACCUCCGGGGGCCCGGCCCACGCCCUGACUGCCAGGAGAGUCUCAGCACCUCCAGCAACCCGCCACCCCUUCCAGCUACAGACAUGCUCGGGGGAUCCGGAUUGCAGGGAAGACGCAGCCUGGCCGCGCUCUCCCAGAUCGCCUACCAGAGGAACGACGACGAUGAGGAGGAGGCCGCCCGGGAGCGGCGCCGCCGUGCCCGGCAGGAGAGGCUGCGGCAGAAGCAAGAGGAAGAAUCCUUGGGACAGGUGACCGACCAGGUGGAGGUUAAUGCCCAGAACAGUGUGGCCGAUGAGGAGGUCAAGACAACCACCUCAAACACCCAGGUGGAGGGUGAUGACGAGGCCGCGUUCCUGGAGCGCCUGGCUCGGCGGGAGGAAAGACGCCAAAAACGCCUUCAGGAAGCACUGGAACGGCAGAAGGAGUUCGACCCAACCAUCACAGACGCAGGCUUGUCGCUACCGAGCAGAAGAACGCAGAACAACACUGCCGAAAACGAAGCUGCAGAGAAGGAAGAAAAAAGUGACCGUCGCCAAGAAAGAUACGAGCUAGAGGAGACAGAAAUAGUCACAAAGUCCUAUCAGAAGAAUGACUGGAGGGACACUGAGGAGAAAAAGAAGGAAGAAAAGGAAAAGGAGGAAGAGGAAGAAGAGAAGCCAAAGCAGGGGAGCCCUGAAGAAAAUCAGGUAGAGGGGCCGGUAGAAGACAGAACAACAGAAACCGCGGCAAUGCCGUUGACAACUGGGCAGACCAGUGCAGAAGAGCCUCAAACAGAGGGGGAGGGGGAGCAGGGGUCAGAAGAGGCCGCCCAUCGUGAAAGGAGGGAGAGGGAAGAAAAGGAGAGAGCCGAGGCAGAGAGGGCCAGGCUGGAAGCAGAAGAAAGAGAAAGAAUGAAAGCUGAGGAAGAACAAAGGGUAGCGGAGGAGAAAGCAAGACUUGAAGCAGAAGAAAGAGCAGCUGCCCAAGAGAGAGAAAGGAGGGAGGCGGCCGAGAGGGAGAGGGCUAAGGAGGAAGAGAGAAGAGCAGAGGAGGAGAGGCAGCGGGCAAAGGCAGAGGAAGAACAGAAAGCUAAGCUAGAAGAGCAAAAACGCCAGCAGCUAGAAGAGAACAGAAGAGAAAUGCAAGAGAAAAAGCAGAAAGGGGAAAAGGUAGACGAGAAAAUAGAAGGGAAACGGGUAAAUGAAAAGAAAGUACAAGAAGAUAAACUUCAGACAGCUGUCCAAAAGAAACAGGAAGAAGAAAAGGGGGCCAAAGCACAAGCUAAAAGAGAAAAGUCCCAAGAAGACAAGCCUACCUUCAAAAAAGAGAUCAAAGAUGAGAAGAUUAAAAAGGACAAAGAGCCCAAAGAAGUGAAGAGUUUCUUGGAUGGAAAGAAGGGAUUUACAGAAGUGAAGUCACAGAAUGGAGAAUUCAUGACCCACAAACUGAAACACACCGAGAAUACUUUCAGCCGCCCGGGAGCAGGAGCAAAGGUGAGCGAGGCCAAGGAGGCAGAAGGCACUUCGCAGGUGGAAGCCGGCAAGCGCCUGGAGGAGCUUCGCCGCCGCCGCGGGGAAACUGAGAGCGAGGAGUUCGAGAAGCUCAAACAGAAACAGCAGGAGGCAGCCCUGGAGCUGGAGGAGCUGAAGAAAAAGCGGGAAGAGCGAAGAAAGGUCCUAGAGGAGGAAGAGCAGAGGCGGAAGCAGGAGGAAGCAGAGAGAAAAGUCCGAGAGGAGGAAGAGAAGAGGAGGCUAAGGGAAGAGAUUGAAAAGCGGAGGGCAGAAGCUGCUGAGAAGCGUCAGAAGAUGCCAGAAGACAGCUUAUCGGAUGACAAGAAGCCAUUCAAAUGUUUCGCCCCCAAAGGUUCAUCUCUCAAGAUAGAAGAGCGAGCAGAAUUUUUGAAUAAGUCUGUGCAGAAAAGCAGUGGUGUCAAAUCGACUCACCAAGCAGCAGUUGUGUCUAAGAUUGACAGCAGACUGGAGCAGUAUACCAGCGCAAUUGAGGGAACAAAAACCACAAAACCUAUGAAGCCAGCAGCCUCAGAUCUCCCUGUUCCUGCUGAGGGUGUACGCAAUAUCAAGAGCAUGUGGGAGAAAGGGAAUGUGUUUUCAUCCCCCACUGUAUCAGGCACACCAAACAAGGAGACUGCUGGCUUGAAGGUGGGGGUUUCCAGCCGCAUCAAUGAAUGGCUAACUAAAACCCCAGAUGGAAAUAAGUCACCUGCUCCCAAACCUUCGGAUUUGAGGCCAGGAGACGUGUCUGGCAAGCGGAACCUCUGGGAAAAGCAAUCUGUGGAUAAGGUCACUUCUCCCACUAAGCAGGUUUGAGACAAUUCAAGAAAGAACCCAAAGUAGCCGCUUCAAGAUGCUGGACCAGCUCAGUUGAAGAGGGCUAGUUUGCUCUGUUUUAUAUUUAUGUUGAUUUACUAAAUUGAGUUCAUUUCCUUUUGUUUUAUUUUUCAUUAUCCCAGUAAACCCAUGUAUAUUAUCACUAUAUUUAAUAAUCACAGUCUAGAGGUGUUCAUGGUAAAAGUACUGCCUUUGCACAGGAGCCUGUUUCUAAAGAAACCCAUGCUGUGAAAUAGAGACUUUCCUACUGAUCAUCAUAACUCUGUGUCUGAACAGUGAUACCAACCACGUCAGAAGUCAACAAAAGGAGAUUCAAGUUGAAAAUUGCCUGAGGAAUGUGUGCAGUGUCCAGAAAAACGAACCAUAGUGGUUUCGUUUUGGUUUUUUUUAUUUUAAAUACAGAAGUCAUGUUAUUUCUGCACUUUAGAAUAAAGCAUGGAAGAAAUUAUCUCAGUGGGCAAUUGUAACACUUUCUGAAAGUAAUCCGUUUCAGAUUUGAGAUACUACAAUAAUCUUUACAAAAUGUCUUUAAAAAAAAAAAAAGAUGUACUGUUAAGGUAUUCCUUUUUUCAUGCUGAUGAAUAUCUAAAUUGGUUUAUCAUGUUAGCUGACAUUGGUACUGAUUCUUUAGGUUGGUUGCUUUGUGGAUUUCUUUGGUAGUGAUAGCGAACCACAUUUUAGAUGACCUGAUCAUGUAUGUAUGUGCAUACACAUAUACAAACACACUAAUGGUAGGAAGCUUUUUUACGUGCUAGACUAUUAUAUUUAGCAGUAUGUCCUUGUAACUAGCCAAUAUCACAGCUUUUUAAAAACUAAAGAUCACAAUAUUAUAUUAAUAUUUCAUAUUUGCCAAUAGAGACAUGGCAGAACAGGUAUUGAUAUGUUUCCAGUGCCCGCUAACCUGUAAGAAGAAAAGAGAGAUUAGAAGUGUCAAAAUGAGUUGGCAUUUUCUAUAAAACAUAGUAUUUAGUUUAUAAUUAAAAGCAAUCUUGAAGUCCAGGCUGAAUUGUACUAAAUCUACCAUCUGGGUCAAACUCCAAGCUUGCUCAGAACUGUAUUCUAUUCUUAAUAUCAAGUCCGCAGUAGGUUGGCUUAGGUGACAAAUGAGGUCUCUCCCUUCUCUAAAAUUGAAAGACAAGAAUUUUAGUUGCAAAUUGUACAGAUUGGAAUUCUACAUGUGGAUAUACUAUGACCAACACUGGCUAAUGUCUGGAAGCAGAGAAGAAAAGCGAGCAAGAGCCAAUAUUUAGGAGUCAUGACAGCACUUCCAUUCUUAACGGACUGAAAUGCCUUUUAAAGUAAACUUUUCUAUUUUUUUUAGUCAUUGGUACUUGUCAUAAGUUGAUAAUGUGUUGAAUUUUGAAAAGCUCUAUGUCCCUUUUAUUAGUCUUACCUUUUACCCCCAAGUCUAUUGACUUGUCAUUUUUACAUUUUACACACACAAUCUAGAUAUCAGAUCUUAUUUUAGCUUAUAAGUGUUCAUCUAUUCUUCACAAUGGAUGACAAAAGAGUACUCCAGUGUCUUGGCAAUACGUUCUAGCGUAGAGAUAUACAUACAGUGUAAUUCUAUAAACUUAUACCUCAUUUGACUUAACCAAAAUUGUCUUAGUCUCAAUUCCUGCCACAAUGAGGGAGCCUCGCAAACGCCUCUUUUCUAAUCUAUGGUAUUGCCCUGGAAGAACUUGCCAGGGCAAGGCUGGCAUGAGAAGUGACCACUGCCUUUCAAAGUCUAUUUUCCUCGUAAACCAGUAAAGAGCUGUUGAAUCCUGUAGCUGUAGCACACCUGGGCCAAAGGAAGGAAAGCCACAAGGAUUGCACAGGUCAUGCCCCUAUGACAGAGUAGACAUGAGUCUAUGAUAAAACGAACUAGAAUUCACAUGCAGUGCCUAAUUUAGCACCAACUCCCAUAAUUGGAGUGAAAUGGAUCAAAGUUUGAAUUAAGGCCGAUGGUGAGGUAACAUUGCUUUGUUGUACUUUUGAAUAAGAGCUUCUCUUGAUCACUAUUAUAUAUUUUUUCUAGAAAGUCUAAAGUUGAGAAGAGAAUAUAUCGAUCCUGACUUUUAUUCCAAUACUGGAUGGAAUAAGUUUUAGGGUAGAACUUUGUUCAGUUUGGAUUUAAUCUUUUGAAAAAUAAAUUCCUUGUUUACUUGUUUGAUUACAGUUCUCUUUGUUAUCUUUAAGAAGUAAGACUGCAAGGUGACUAGCAUGUUCUGUGAAUCUGCCAUUCCUAAAAAUUUUAUAAACACUUGAUAUUUUUCACUGAUAAUUGAUCGCUGCAAUAAAUAUAUAUUGUGAAAAUGCAUCCACAAUAAAUGGAAUUCCUCCAAA